AUGGGAGAACUCAAAGACAUUUCACAUUAUGGACCAUCUCUGUGUGUAAAAUUUUUCGAAGAAACAACAUUAUAUUCUGCUUGUGGCCCAUUUCUUCAAAUUUUUGAUUAUAAAACUAACAUAUUAAAACACCAUGUAAGAAUAUUUAAAAAGAACAAGAUUCAUGGAUUUUCAUUUAGUAAUAAUGGUAACAGCAUAGUUUUAUAUGGAGGUAAAUCUGUUCUUAUAAUUGAAACCAAAAGUUUAUUGGCUAGUGACAAUGUAAGUGACAGAGAAUUUCUUGCUUCUGAAUGGAUUAUUACUGGCGAGUUUAGUUACAAUAAUAAUCAAAUCUAUUUGUUAACCUGUUACAACUUGGUUCUAGUAUUAGAUAUUAAUGCUACUAUUCUUUAUAGAAAAACUUUAAAGAAUGAAAGGUCAAUUUUGUAUUCUGGGUCAAUUAGAGUGUUAAGCGAUACAGUAUAUGUAUGUUCAGGGACCGUGAUGGGAGGUGUUUUGAUAUGGGACUUACAUAGUGAGUCUAUGAUACAUAAUUUAGUUGGCCACGACGGUUCCAUUUUUUAUGUCACUGUUAGUAACAAUGCUAAAUUGAUUGCUAGUUGUUCUGAUGAUCGUUCAAUUAGACUAUGGGAUAUGACAACUGGUGAACAAUUGGCUGUUGGUUGGGGUCAUACUGCAAGAAUUUGGAAUUUGAGAUUUUUUCACGAUGAUACUAAAUUAAUUAGUGUUUCUGAAGAUUGUACUUGCAGAACCUGGAACAUUAAUCUAGAUCCUGGACGUAACAAAGUGGAAUUACUUAUUAAUCAUGUAUUCGAAGUACAUCUAAUUAAGAAUGUCUGGAGUGUAGAUGUGAAAGAGGAUGAAAUGAUUGCAGUUACUAGUGGGAAUGAUGGUAGAUUAAAACUCAUUGAUUUACAACAAUCUAAUAGAUAUGGCGAUGAACACGAAACUUUUGAUUUAAAGGAUAUUGGUAAAACAUUCAACGUUACCAUUAACAAAGAUGAAAUUAUAAAAGGCUUCACAUGGUUACCCUUUGGAUUGGUUAGUAUUACAUCUUAUGGAAAAAUAUUCUUGUAUUAUUAUUUAACUAAACAAUGGAAACUAUUAGAGAUUGAUGAAAGAUUUAUGUCAUACUCUAUUACAAAUAGUAUAGGAGAUCAAAAAGAUAACAAUAUAGUCGUUUUUUCAAAUAACAAAUGUGAUUUACUUCUUUUGAAUCUUUCUAAAGAUGGAAAUUAUGUUACUUGUAAAGAAAGUUUACAUAUAGAUGGAUUAUCUAAAACAACAAAUUGUAUGAUCAUACCCUCAAGUCAGGAGACUUUUUUAUUAACCUUAGAAUCUCCUAAUCCUCGUGACAGUUUCAAAAUACUUAAAUUCAAUAUGAACUCUCUACAAAUACAAGAGGAAUACAAUUUUAAAAAACCAGAGAAUUUUACCUCUUCCUGUCUUGAAAUAUUUAAUCAUUACUUAUUAGUUGGUUCAAGAUUUAGUACUAUUGCUAUAUUUGAUUUAAAUAAAGCAAACGAUACAAAUUAUAUUUGUACAUUAAUUAAGAGAAUUAACCCUGGUGAUACUACAACUUCCAUUAAACUUAUUGAAAGCAAAAAUAAUAAACAAUUAUUUUCGGUUACAAAUCGAGAUGGAUAUUAUAAUUUUAUUACACUAACUUUAACCGGCACUCAAAAAAUUAGGCAUGAAAUUAUACAUUCAAAUAAGAUUUUAAAAGGGUUUUUAGAAGGUGCUUAUUACAACAACUCAAAUGACUAUAUAAUAUACGGAUUUAAAUCUAGUCUUUUUUAUAUGUACAAUGAACAAAAAGGCUAUGAGAUAGUUAGUGAAGUUUGUGGUGGUGCACACAGGCAAUGGAAGUUAUCGUCGUUAUUUGAUAAUACAUCCAGUAACAAUUCCUUCAUGUUGAUGUAUAUCAAAUCCUCAAAGUUAUAUUUAAGAAAAAUCUAUAAACCAGUAGUAGCAGAAACUUUAAUUGAUGGUUUACAUGGUAGAGAGAUUCGUGAUUUAAGUAUAUGCCUCGCACCUAGAAAGAAUAGUGACCAUUUAUUUGUGACCGGCUCGGAAGACACUACAAUUAGAUUAAAUUCUGUUAAUCUCACUACAGGAAAUAUUAAAACUUAUUGGGCGGAAAGAAGACAUGUUUCUGGUCUACAAAAGCUAAGAUUUAUUAAUUCCCAACUUAUAAUUUCAUGCAGUGCUAGGGAAGAAUUAUUUUUAUGGGAAAUUAAUGAUGAGUUUGAUUCUAAUCCAUAUAUUUACGUAAAACAAACGUUGCCUGUAUCAAGUAAUAAUCCAGAUUUAAGAAUAAUGGAUUUUGAUGUUAAGUUUAUUAAUGAGGAAGAUUUUAUGUUACACACUGUUUACUCAGAUUCUGCAGUCAAGAUUUGGUACUACCAAAAAAAGUCGAAUACGUUCAAAUUAAUAACAUGUAUGAAAUAUAAGACAUGUUGUAUUUUUAAUACUUUAUUUGUUGAUUAUAAUGAUUUUUCUUACUUAGUUCUUGCACCUACUGAUGGUUACCUAGUAAUCUACAGUGUCACAGAAAUCGUUAAAUGUAUCCAGGAAGGUUUUACAACUAUAAAAGAUGUCAAUCUUAUUCCUGAACUUUCUAUUAAAGUCCACAAAUCUGGUAUCAAAUGUAUCGAUAAAUAUGUAAAUAAGGAUAAUCAAUUAGAAAUCUACACAGGUGGUGAUGAUAAUGGUGUCGGUAUUACAAAAUUUGAAAUUGAGAAAACUACAGGCAAGUUAGCUUGUGUUUCUAUGAGUGUUGUUCCUGACAUAGCAUCGUCGACCGUCACUUCGUGCAAGGUGUUCAAUGAUGGUCUGAAAUUAUUGACUACUUCUGUUGAUCAAAUCAUCCGAGUCUGGGAUACAUCAAACAAAAAUACAUUGAGGUUGUAUGAUUGUAAAUACACAACUAUUGCAGACACGGGAUGUUGUGACAUCUUAACUAUGAAUGGUGGGUUGAAUGUUGCAUUAAUUGCCGGAGUAGGUUUAUCAGUGUGGAGCUUAUAA